AUGGGUUAUACCCGGAACUUCACCGUCUCCAGCAGACACUUUGAAACUAAAGCUGAUUAAAAAAGUUACAGUGCGUGUGCUGUACCUUCUGCUGUCGCUUGUUGUUUGCAUUCGGCGCUGUGCGAGGUGUAAACCCAAUGGAGCACCGUGGGAAAAAUGGCGUCGCAUGGACACCUCAGACAGAAUGAACUUUUGGAAAUCGACAUUUCUUGCGAUGACAACUGCUUUGCUGCGAAAAACGACGUCUUCGUCAACUCCGGUGCGUCUUAUGACGGGUUCCCUGCGUUUCAGCAGUGGAUACCUGCCGCUUCUCCACCUACUGCGUUUGGAGAGUCGGAGGAGGGUGCGAGUCUGUUCACCCAGAGCGCUCCAUCAACGCGGCAUCCGACACAGAACCAAGAACCGGAGGAUACAGUUCGACUUAGCAGCGACAGUGACGAUUCCUGUGACAUCAGACACAGAGGUGCAGGAAACCCGCUUGCCCCAAGAUCAUCUAUUGUGGAUUAUCUCCUGAUCGAGCUGUAUGACACCUAUACUUGUAACAGCAGGAAGAGUGCUGACAGCGUGGAUAGCUCCACCGAGGCGUCCAGUUCGGAUGCUUUCCUUGGCCGGAGCAAUACAGAGUCAAACUUCCUGCAAGAACUACAAGAGAAGCAGACCAAACGACACCAGAUGCAGUAUCUGGCUCAAAAAGAUAUUGACGAGCUGAAGAGGAUUAUACAGGAAGUGAACUAUCGGAUCGGGGUACAGUCUGCAAAAUUGGUCCGCCAGGUGAAGAGGAAGGACCGGCUAGCCAACAAAGUGCAGAAGAACAAUGACAUCAUAACCGCCUGCUUGCAAGCUGUGUCACAGAAAAGACGAGUUGAUACUAAACUGAAGUUUACUAUUGAACCUUUACUGGGAAAAAAUGGAUUCCAGCAGUGGUACGAUGCUCUCAAAGCUGUGGCCAGGCUGCCCACUGGAAUCCCCAAAGAGUGGAGGAAAAGGGUUUGGUUGACACUUGCGGAUCAGUAUCUCCACAGCAUCUCCAUAGACUGGGACAAGACUAUGCGCUUUGCCUUCAACGACCGCAGCAAUCCUGAUGAUGACACCAUGGGAAUACAAAUAGUCAAGGACCUGCAUCGGACAGGCUGCAGCUCGUACUGCGGGCAAGAGGCUGAGCAGGACCGCGUGGGGCUCAAGAGGGUGCUGCUGGCCUACGCUCGCUGGAACAAGGCGGUGGGAUACUGCCAGGGCUUCAACGUGCUUGCCGCGCUCAUCCUAGAGGUCGUGGAGGGCAACGAGGGAGAGGCGCUUAAGGUUAUGAUCUACCUGAUUGACAAGGUGCUCCCUGACAGCUACUUUGCCAAUAACCUGCGCGCUUUAUCAGUAGACAUGGCCGUGUUCAGAGACCUGCUGAGGAUCAAGCUUCCGGAACUCUCUCAGCAUCUGGAUCAUCUGCAGAAAGCAGCCAAUCGAGCAAGCGGAGGCAGCUAUGAGCCACCCCUCACCAAUGUCUUCACCAUGCAGUGGUUCCUCACCAUGUUUGCCACCUGUCUCCCAAACCACACCGUGCUGAAGAUCUGGGACUCUGUGUUCUUUGAAGGGUCAGAGGUGCUGCUGAGGGUUGCCCUGGCCAUCUGGGCAAAGCUGGGAGAACGGAUUGAGAACUGCCAGAGUUCGGAUGAGUUCUACAGCACAAUGGGGUGUCUGGCCCAGGAGAUGCUGGAACACAACCUUAUCAACUCCAGUGAUCUCAUGCAGAUGGUGUACUCCAUGGCUGUGUUCCCAUUCCCUCACCUGGCCGAGCUGCGAGAGAAGUACACCUACAACAUCACCCCCUUCCCAGCCCCUGGGAAGCUGGGUAAGAGCCGAGACAGUGACGAGGAGAUCGAUAUCGACGAUGAGGAUUCACUAGUCAACGCUGUGGGGUGUCUUGGGCCCUUUAGUGGCCUGCUGGCCCCGGAGCUGCAGAGAUACCAGAAGCAUCUGACAGAUCACAAGGAGGUACAGAGCCUGCGUUCCAGUAACAUUGCAGAGCUGAGCCCCGGAGCCAUUGAUUCGAGCCGCAGUGAAUACCAAGCCACCUUCAACAGCAUGAUGAUGGAGAGGAUGACGACAGACAUCAGUGCUCUCAAGAGACAGUACUCCCGGAUCAAACGAAGGCAGCAGCAGCAGCAGGCUAACCUCAUCUAUAUCAAAGCAGGAACAGAGGAGGAGCCUAACCCUGGGAUCAUGAGUGAUCCUAGCAGCCAGUCCCGGAAUGGCAUAGAAAACAAGGGACCCACCACCAGCCUCCUCACAUCUCAGAUCCAUCAUUCCCCGGUCAUGAACCACCUCCUCCUGGGCAAAAAGCUGAAGCCGACCCAGAAAAGCCCCCGGAACAACACUGUGCACAUCCCUGGAGCCAAACCAGCCCCUCUGCCCCAGGAAGACAUAAAGACCAAGCUCAACUCCCCCUGGCGCACACACGUCCGAGUCCAUCGCAAAAACCUGGCCAGAGCCCGGGGCCAGCUAAAUUACGGGGACACCAUCGGACUGAUCGAGGAGCCAGGGGAUCAGAGCCCUAAACCAGGAGGGGAUUUACCACAUGGAGGCUCUGAGGAGGGGAGUAGAGAGAAGGAGGAGGGAGAGGAGAGAGAGGAGAAGGAGGAGGAAGAGGAGAAGGAAAGGCCGGUUGAGAAAGCCGACGGUCAGUCCCCAUUGCCAGCUUACCAGGACGCCAACAUCACAGAGGUUCAGCACCAGCUGGAAGCUCUGGAACUCAGCCCCGCCACCGCUGAUCUGGAGCAGCCCCGGUGCCAAAGGAAAGUGUCCGACUCUUCCAGCUCAGAGAGCGGGGGCUACAGCACCACCAAGACCCAGCCCUUCUGCCCUUUCCCCAGUGUCAAGCCGCCCAGGAAGUCAGCCGCGGCCAGGAACUUAGGACUCUACGGGCCCACGUCCCGGACUCCCACCGUGCACUUCCCUCACUUGAGCAAAAAUGUCAACCAGAUCUCCAACGGAGGCAGCGGCACCAAGAAGCGGUGAUGAAACAGUUGUGUGUCAGAGUGCAGAACGAGGCUUUGAAAUCCAUUCCUGAACACUGUUUUAGCACCAGCAACGAUGAGCCCUGUUCACAGAAUCAGGUUUUAAAGGCCUGGUUUUGUGAAAAGUGUUUAAAAAUGUUUCAUGAAACUCUGCUUUGAACCAAAAGGUAUCAAGAACUGCAAACUUGAUGUAACUCAUCUGAGCGGGCUUCAAACAAUCUCCAAAACAAAACACUCAGAAUUUUUAAUAGUCCUGUUUUGUACAAAUAUCCAGAUUAUUACAUAGUGAGGAAGAUCGCUGUGUUCAGUAAUUGUUUUUUUUUUUUAUUUAUUGUUUUUUUGUGUUUUUUUUAUAUUAUUUUUAAUUUAAUUUAAUCGGGUGAAGUAACUAUGUAUCUUUAGAAAGCUUAAAGUAAAGUAUACAAAACUAACUAAAUGACUCCCUUAAAUCCUAGCCUAAUGUAUAACCAUCACUUCUUAGGUCAGUUUCCUGUGUAAAAGACGCACACCCCAUGUGGUAAAUGUGUAUUUCAUUUAUUUAAUGUUAUUUAUUUUUUUAUUUUUUUCAAAGCUAUGAACAAGAUGUCAAUAAAAGUGAAAUACACAUUUACCAUUGUGUCUGUCUUUUAAAAAAGAAAAUGUACAAAUGAAGUGGUGGCAAAAACAUUUGGGGACAUUUUAUUGGAAUUUGUUUUGUUAGCGCUGUGUACUUGAAUCUGCUCUUCCUGGUAUCUUAUUACUUCCUGUGUCCCUCUCAUGGAAACUGCCUUUAGCAGAGGAAGUGUUAGGGUUCCAGGAAGAAGGAUGUGUAAACGUUCUAAGGCUUCAGAGUUCAGCUUGUAAUAUCAGCCCAAUUCAAGCACAGUGAUAAGGGGGCUAGUGAUAAUGUUGCUGAUGCUAAUAACAGGUAAUGGAUUUGUUAAAAGCCUUGAUCCUCGCUCCUUUCUACACUAAAGGGCCUUAUUGUUGUAUUUUUGUUCUAGUCUUAAUGCUUCACAACUGGACACAGCUUCUUGUACAAUAACACUUGCAUCUAUAUCCCGGCAUCAUCCUUGGAGGAGAGAAAGAUGCACUACACUCAUAAUUCCACUUGUUCAUGUGGCAGAGCUGGGAAGCAUGCCUUUGUCAUGCUUCAGUGUGUAUUCUUGCUUUACAUUGUGUUUGGCACACUGGGCUUUUAGUGAUGGGGUCCAGGAAGCAGAUUUUCACUGUUCAAAUCCCAGCUCCUCCACUGACUUGCUGUGUGUGACCCUAAGCAAGGGGGGGGGACGGGGACGACGGGGAUGACUGCCCAUCUUACAAUGUAGUGAUGUCUGUCCUUCUGAAACCUCGGUCAAAUCGGCAGUAUUUUUUAAAGUACAAGUGUCUAUGAGAUGGGAAUUUUA